CGUUGAAGCUCCUGUGAAUCGCCCAUGAGAUCAAUUGUGGUUCACGGUCAUGGAGGAAUUAAGUUUGGUUUUGUGUGGUGGGUACUUGUGUUGAUAGUAACGUUGCAGGCGCUCAGGUCCGUUCGUGGUGAUUGGGUCGAGAUCCCCCAUAUUAAACCACAUUCGGGCCAAGGGCUCACCUUUCAGAGCCAGAUCAGCAAUAUGGCAGGUGGCCAACAAGUUGCUGAACGACUCGAUCAUAACACGGAACGCCAUGACCAGUGGUGGUCGGGACUAGAUUAUGCCACCAGGCACAGCAAUCGGCCGAUAGUGGCAAAUGUGUCCAGCAAGAUAGAAUCUAUAGAUUAUGAACUGGAUGAAGUGGGUGAGAAGGAACAUGAGGUACUUACGGAAUUGCUUCCGUUCCGAAAUCGAUAUGCCGAAGAGUACAUCAAUCCAAUGCCACAAUCGCCAAACGUCCACGAUACUAUGAUGAAUUACGAGCGAUAUUACGCCAGCGACGAUGUUAGCAACAUCAUGACACCACUAGAGCACCAUGAACAUCAGUUAGAGGUGCAAGAAGAGCUGGAAGAGGAAGACUCCGUAGCGUCAACAUCAACUGCUCAAAAUCAACCAUCAAAAGUUCAUCACCACCAACAGGCAACACCGAUUUACAGCUUGGUAGAGGGAUUUGGAUCCUUUUUAAACUUUUUGCGUCACAUGCAAGCCAGCUUCCUCUUACGUACAGCGCACAACAUCCAUCAAAAAAUGGAUCUAUUGACCGGGCUGCGUGAUCGGCUGCUAGACACUAUCGAGCGAAGAAUCAGUCGAUUGUGGGUGUCGUCCGUACCAAAGAUACAAUCUAGAAUCAGUCGACAAAUACGGCUAGGUUGGACCGGGCAUGAAGAAGUGCGCAAUAGAGGAGUCGAAUUUCCCUCAGCCGAGAGCGCCCUGCUUACCAUUUCUUUUCUCACGUUCGCCGUCUUUCUAAUUAAGCUGGUGCUGCAGGUGAUUAAUACAAUCAAGGCGAAGCACUACACGUAUAGUACCUUCGCGGCGUCUUCUGGCUCAACUCCGAUUGCGGGUGGGUUAUUCAUUAAGCGAAUGCGACGGACCUUAGGUAAAUCGUACUCUAACGAACUGUUACUGGAGGAACAUAACACCGAUAACAUACUGCGCGCUAUAGAGAGCUACAAACGUUCCUAGCCAGAUCUCUGCUUAUAUGUCUAAUACCAUUUCUGAUAUUGAGAUUCUUUUCAUUGAUUUGUAAUGGAAUGGAAUGGCUUUUAAGGAAUUUCAUCACCAAUUUUUAUUGGUACAAAAAAUUCAUAUCAUAUCACUAACA